AUGUCGUUUAAUCCGCUUGAAACGCCGUUAAACACUCUGUUUGCUGCCUCUAUUGCAUAUUGCACAUUUCGGAUUUUGUGGCCAUCAGUCGACCUGCCCAAGAAGCUCCCGAGCACACACUCAGAGGCCUACAAUUGGCUUCCCCCUCGCCAUCCAGAGACGCUAGUCUUCAAAAACUACACACCAAAGACGUUGGAACCGUUCAACGGACAGAAUGGGAGCCGUAUCCUCCUCGCAAUCGACCGCGAAGUCUUUGACGUGACGAGCGGGCGUAGCUUUUACGGACCGGGGGGCGCGUAUGGCAACUUUGCCGGCCGCGACGCGUCGCGCGGAAUGGCUAAGCAGUCAUUUGACAUGGAAAUGCUCACUCCUGUCGACCAACCGAUUGAUAAACUCGAAGACUUGGACCAAACCGAAAUAGAUAACAUGAAGGGCUGGGUCUCUCACUUUAGAUACAAGUACAUCGUUGUUGGAAAGCUCGUAGAGAACGAGGACACAUAA